AACAAAAAAUGUCUUAUCCACUGCUUUUUUUAGGCCUUGCAUAUUACACACACAAAACAAUGCCCAGCGUUGAAUUAAAGCCCGAAAAUCCGCAUUAGCUUAACUUGGACCGUGGCAAACAUACAUUAUUAACCACUAACGCCGUUACUCUUGUUCUCGUUCUGCAGUUCAAUAAAUAAUUAAAAUCAAUAAAAAUGUCUAUCGACUGUCUGCCAGUGUUGGUAGGUGCAAUUUUGUAGUCGAAGUUUGCCAGCCCUGGACAGCAGAAAAUAACAAUAACAAGAAGUGAAUAAAAAAAACAGCAUGAGUUUCUCCGAAAAUACUUCCGACUCAGAAUGGAAGGAAGCCAAGGUAAGAGAGGCUCGAAAUAUCAAACAGACCGCAAGGCAGGACAUCGAAAAGAAGCUUGGGACAAAACCAAAGUAUAAUCAAAGGUUCUGCGACAAGUGGCUGAACAUAUUCGAGCCGUGGCUGAGGCGUUCCGAGGACGAUCCAAACAAGCCGUUCUGCCGCGCCUGCCACUGCCGGCUGGACUGUAACCGAUGUCAUCUCGUCCGGCACGAGCGAACCUCGAAGCACAAGCGAAACCUGGAGUCCCUCCUUACCAAAGGCGAGGGAGCGAUACGAAAAGAGUUGACUGUGCGGCAAGAACGGAGCAAAUACUUCCAGAAGCGACCCCCACAACCAUCAUCAGCAAAGUCAGAUGUAAAUAAAGCUUCCACUACCACCGUGCACGUUAUAGCCACCGAUGUGGGUGCUUUUCCAACCAUCACCACCAGUAGCGUCCCCAAACAAGAAAUUCUUUCAGAGACAGAGACGAGCUAUAAGCCCAAUGAAGAAUCUCAUUCAGGAAAUCUUCCGCCUGAGGCCGCUACGUUGGGUACCGAAUCGUCGACGACCACCAAUCACACCAAAUGUACCUCCCCUUCCAAUCAGGAGGGUCUUAAGCUGCUCAUGCAAAUCCAUCAGGAUAAAAACGAGUUGAUGGAGUCCUUCCGCGAACUGAUGGGAAGCAACCAGUCGACGCAACCCCCGCCGCCCAAGGAGAAAAACCAUGUGGACCUGUUCUUCGAGAGCGUCAGCUCCAGUGUGAAGGCUCUGUCGCCAAAGCUUAUAGCGGAGGCCAAGAUGCGCGUGUCGCAGGUCAUUUGUGAGCUGGAGCUGCGAGGCCUCAAGGAUGAUAGUGCAAGCGGGGGUGUCAUUGAGAUGCCCCUGGCAACGCCACCAGCAGCUAGCUUGUAUCUGCUCAGACAGAGCAGCAGCGGAUGUGCUGUGGUGCAGCAACCACACUUUGGCGGCCUAAGCUGAAAUGUACCACAAACAAUAAUAAAAAAUAGCCUAAAUUUGUA